AUGCUUUUUUGCAGGAAAAAUGGUGGGAUACUGCUGUCAAAGAUUUGGUCUCGUACUACAUAUAUUAGCCGACGAGACUUCACCAUGAAUCAUUUAGAAAAGACAACUAAAGAAUUGAAAAAUCUGAAAGAAGGAAUCCCAUAUGGUGACUUGUGCAUGCUUAUAAGGCAAAGGAAUAAGAUCCAUGAAAAAGUUAAUCCAAGGAGGUCACUAAUUACAAUUGAUCAUUUCAAGAGAAAUAUACUACAGCAUUAUAACGAAGUGGGUGAGACUCGAUUGGAUAUAAAGUCACAUCAAAAAGUGGAAAGUCUGAGUAAAUUAUUCAUAUUACUAAUGCAUUUAUUACACUAUGCAUCAGCUUUUGGAUCUGUUGAAAGAGUACCCAAGGAAGUCAAUCAUAUAUCUUACAAUAUACCACGUUUGAUAGGAUCAGACAUUAAUAAUUCAAUCCCCAAAGACAAAUUAACAAAAGAUACACAACAGCUUAUCAAUUUAUAUACUGGAGGUAGCUCUGAACUAUAUACAAAAGUAGUACAUAAUGGUCUGAAGGGAAAUAUAGAAUUGGUAUACACUGCUGUUAAAUCACAUUUAGUCUCAAACCAAAACUUGGAAGAUAUCAUGAAAUGGAUCUCUAGUAUAUUGGCAUCAAAUAUUACUGACUCGUGUUUCGCUAUCGAAGGUCAAUCAAACUUACCAAAUUUUGUUUUAGAGGAUAUAAUUUCAAGACUACCAAGAUCUGAAUAUGAAUUUGAUCUAAUAUAUUAUUUAUUCAAACAAUAUGCUGAAAGUUCAAAUGCAGCUGGAGUUCCUAUGAUUGUGGUAGAGAAUAUGAUUUUUUAUGGUAUAAGAUUCAAACCACAUAAAUUGCCUGAGCUAGCACAAAUAAUUCUGUCCAUUAAAUCAAUGGGUAACAAAGAUAAAGUUAAUAGAUUAAUUUCAUUAAUGGCAGGAGUUGGUGAAUCUAAAAAUAGUAGGGAUCAUAAAUUAUUCAUCUUAAGUGCACAAAGGGUCUUGGUAGAUUUCUUACUUGAAAAUAAACUGAAGAUUUCACCAUUGGGAUAUUUGGGUAUUUCAUAUAGUUUAUUAUCAUUAUCAUCUAAAAGAUCUGCUAAAUUUUAUAAUUUUGCUAUGAAUGAAGAACUCCAGACUAAAGAAGAACGUCAAUUAGCCAGUAUAAUCAAGCUUCAACUAAGUAAAUCACCACAAUCAUUAAUGCAAAGUUUUGAUGAUGAAAUAACUAAUGAAUCAUUAUCAAAAGAUUCAACUUUAUGGCAUGAAUUAUUCAAAGGUCUUGAUGAUUUUGAAUUAUUAAACAAGGAAAACUCUGAAAUUUUCACUAAAGCAUUAAGUGAAUCUGAAAUUAAUGAACAACAAAUUGAUGAAGCAAAAGCAAUAUUACAAAAAUAUCAAUCAGUUUCUACAAUUUUCAAUUCGGGUACUUCAAUAUAUAGUAAUAAGAGAUUAUCAUCAAUUAUAAGAAGUUUAUACAAGUCAAAAGAUCAAUUUAAGAUAUAUGAUACUGGAUCUGAUUAUGCAAGAAAUAUUUUUCAACAUUUAGCUGAACCUUCAAGAUCCAUUAUUGGUGAAGUUUUAUUAUGUGAAUCAUAUCAUAAUCCACAUAAUUCAUAUGAUUUAUAUAAAAGAUUAUUAGAAACCCAUUGUGAUGGGAUCCCCAAUGAAAAUUGUUUGAUUUCAUUAAUAUUACCAGCUUAUAAAUUUGGAAAAUCAUUAAUUUGGGAUAAUAGAUAUGCAUCACAAAUUGCAGUUCAUGAAUUUAGGAAACAUUGUAAAAAGAAAAUUGAUGAUGCACAAGGUGUUAUUAUACCAUCAAAUUCAAUUUGGAAGCCUUAUAUCAAGUUAUUAGGUCAAUGUGAUUAUCAAGAUGAAAUUGGUGAAAUUAUUGGAAUUUGGGAAGAUUUGAAAAUUAUACCUGAAAGAGAAACUAUUGCAAUGUUAUUAGCUUCAAUGCCUGAUGGGUUUGCUGAAGUUAUAAUUAAACAUGCAAAGACACAUUUAGAAGUUUUACAAAAUGAAUCAAAUGAUUUAGAAGAUGAUACUGAUGAUUCAAAUAUUGAUUUAGAACAAGCACCUACAUGGGAUUGGCCUGAAGAUUACGAGGUUCAUUAUUGGAGAUCUACUAUUAAAAGAUUGUGA